UCUGUUGACAGUUGACAGCCAGACAUCUGUUCCAAGAAUAGAAUAAAUUCCAAUAAAGUUGUGUUAAUACAAUUCAAAUAAUCUUAAUAAUAGUAUUACUGGCUUGGUACUUGGUAGUGAAGAAUUCCCCUGGCGCACGAUCCCGCGCUGUUACUCCGUAUCUCGCUGGUGUGCGCCAUCGUCGCUCUGCGAGCGCCGGUUGCUCAUCCUCCUAACCUGUGCUUCCCGUCUGCAUCUGUACACAUUAAUAAGAUCAACGGCACCGUGACGUCGGAGAUCUACGGCUCAGGAAUGUCGAAAGCCCGAGUCUACCCUGAUGUGAAUGUAUUGCGUCCCAGAGAAUAUUGGGAUUACGAAAAUCUCACUGUCCAGUGGGGAGACCAAGACGAUUAUGAGAUUGUCCGAAAAGUUGGAAGGGGAAAAUACAGUGAAGUUUUUGAAGGUAUAAAUGUGAACAGCAAUGAGAAGUGCAUAAUCAAGAUUCUAAAACCUGUCAAGAAGAAAAAGAUAAAGAGAGAGAUCAAAAUACUGCAGAACCUUUGUGGGGGUCCCAAUAUUGUCAAGCUCCUUGAUAUCGUUAGAGAUCAGCACUCGAAAACUCCCAGCUUGAUAUUUGAAUAUGUGAACAGUACAGAUUUCAAAAUUCUGUAUCCUACAUUGACGGACUAUGACAUACGUUACUACAUAUAUGAGCUUCUCAAGGCAUUAGAUUACUGUCACUCACAAGGAAUGAUGCACAGAGAUGUCAAGCCUCAUAAUGUUAUGAUUGACCACGAGUUACGAAAGCUUCGCUUGAUAGACUGGGGUCUUGCAGAAUUUUAUCACCCUGGCAAGGAGUAUAAUGUUCGUGUUGCUUCAAGAUAUUUCAAGGGUCCAGAACUUCUUGUUGACCUCCAAGACUAUGACUAUUCAUUAGAUUUGUGGAGCCUUGGUUGCAUGUUUGCUGGAAUGAUUUUUCGCAAGGAACCUUUCUUUUAUGGGCAUGACAACCAGGAUCAACUUGUGAAGAUUGCCAAGGUGCUUGGGACAGAUGAGUUGAAUGCAUAUUUGCACAAGUAUCAGUUGGAACUUGAUCCUCAGCUUGAAGCUCUAGUCGGGAGACACAGCAGGAAACCCUGGACAAAAUUUGUCAAUACGGAUAAUCAGCAUCUAGUAUCUCCAGAGGCGAUAGAUUUUCUCGACAAGCUCCUUCGGUAUGAUCAUCAGGACAGACUCACAGCAAAAGAAGCCAUGGCCCACCCAUAUUUCUUGCAAGUGAGGGCUGCAGAGAAUAGCAGACUACGGACCCAAUAGCCUAAAGACACUGUUCCACGCACCAGAGACUCCUAUUUUAAUUUUACUUCACAUUUUGUGUCGAUGGUGAGCUGGAUGUUAAGGUUGCAGACAUCAUUUGUGAACAAAUUUAUUAUGAAGUUUGAUCAAGAUAAGGGUACUUGACUAGACUUCCGCUUCUAUGUAUUCUAAAACAAAUUCUGAUUGUAUUUGUUUGAGCUACAUGUAGAUCGGUUCCUCGUGCUCUUCUGUCAAUGUGUUCAUUUGGUCGAA